ACAUUUCCCAUCGGCCUCCGCGGCGCACCCCCCCCCCCCCCCCCCCCCCCCAGCGAGCGCCCCCUUUCCGCGUCCCGGCUCAUAGCCCCCAUCUGUGGACCACUUAGGUGGGUGUGAAGGGGACCUGACUUCCUGGAAAUGCUGGUGGAUGUUUUACAGCCAUUCUUACUCGUGCCCCCCCACCCCCUUUUUUUUUAAUUUGGGAUGGAGUCUUGUUUGAUAAGAUUCUCAAAGAAUUGCAAAACUUCAAAAGAUUUAACACCACUAGUUUAGAAGCGGAGACUGAACUUUGAGAACAUUUUAGAUGAUCUUGUAAAAUAGUCCUUGUCCAACAGUGGGGAAACGGUUGGGUAAAUCAUGGGCCACUCUUGUAAUAAAAUAUUACAAAGCUAUUACAGAUAAUGCUAAAACAGUGGUCAUAAUAAUAAUAAAAAAAAAACUCCUAUGACAUGUUACCAAUUGUUUCAUGUACACAUUACUUAGAAUUAAAUAUUUGUAACAUGCAAGGCAUUGUUCUAAGUUCCUUUGACAAUAGUACUCGUUUAAUGAUGAACUCACAAAGUGGUUAAAUGACAUGAUUCUUAAUACUUGGAUGUUUUUAUUCCAGUUGGUUUUGUAAGCCCAUGUGCCAGUAGGAGGGUGGGUUUGACCUCUUUUCUGGAAUGUUCUCAUGUUGUAUAAAGAGACUGCGUGUGAAUGUCUUUCCUUAUAAGUUAAUGUUGCCCCCCCAUCAGUUUUGAUAGUUGUUUGGUGUUCCAUCAUACGGCUGGGCCAAAAGUGAUUCAACUACUUGCCUACUUGUGGACUGCUAGAUACUAAUUUUUGUUCUGUUUUUCAGUAAAUACUGUGCACACAGCUUUGCUCGCUGCUAUGUCUCUGUACAGAGGCCUAUGUAUGUGAUGGUAAUGAUUUGCCCACUGCACCCACACCCCUUUUAUUGACUCAAGGCAAGGUCCACAAAGUAAUGUCCACUAGGCCUUAGGUAGGGCUGUAAGGUUCUUGGUGAAUUUGGAAGUUGGGUAAAGAGCCCAGGGAGACCUCUGAAGGUGGGCAUGAGAGAGUUAGAUGGUCUGUUUCUGGGAAGGCUUUCAUUGUGGGCUGGGCUGAUGCUGAUGAGGUAGGCUGUGCUCCCUGGUCUGAGAACAGUCUGUCUUGUCCUUGGGACACCAUGUGGCCUUAGUCACUGGACCAGGACUGAGCUCCCUGCCACAGAUUUGCAUCAGUAACAAGUUGGAAUUCUCUGGAUAUUUAGGAAAAAUCGGAAAGGGCCACUGGUUCCCUGUCACGUGGCAACAGCUAAUGCUGUGUUUCCUGGAGUUGGGUAAGGGCCACUGUGAUCCAACUCCAAUUCUUGUGGGGAGUGGGGCGUAAGAAGGCAGGGACUUGUAACCACGGCAUUCUGGGAGCUGUAAGGCAAGCUUGGCCUCUCAUGUUUGUUCUUUCCUCCCCCAGCUCUGCCAUCUCAGGACUCUGCCCUUCCCCAAAGAGAGGAACCAGGAGGAGGACCAGUCAGCCCAUGACAUUCUAAAAGUCAUGUCCCUUGAGUCAGACUUGUUCAGGGAUGUGGCCGUAGUCUUCUCCCAAGAAGAAUGGGAACGACUGGCACCUGCACAGAGGGAUUUGUACAGAGACGUGAUGUUGGAGACGUACAGCAACCUGGUCUCACUGGGUCUCGCCAUCUCCAAACCUGAUGUGAUCUCCUUCCUGGAGCAAGGCAAGGAGCCCUGGAUGGUGGAGAAAGCAGCAGCAGGAGGCCUGUGCCCAGAAUUGGACUCCAGGUAUGAUACUAAGGUAUCCUCUCCAAAGCAGCAUAUUUAUGAGGUACAGUCACCACAGUGGGAGAUAAUGGAAAGCCUUGCAAGUUACAGUCUUGCGUGCUCAAGGUUCCAAGAUGAUUGGGAAUGCAGACAACAGGGAAGUUCAGAUGGACAUCUGAGUCCAGUGAUAGUCAAUGAUGAAGAAAUGUCUACUUUCAACCAACAAGCACCAUCAUUUCCUUUUUAUCAGAAAAUUCAUACUGGACAAAAGCCCUAUGGAUAUGAUGACUGUAGAAAAGAUUUCUGGCAGGAAGACUUCCUUAUUAAUCAUCAAGGAAUUCAUACUAAUGAGAAACCCUAUAAAUGUAAGGAAUGUGGCAAGGCCUUUAAAUAUGGCUCACGAUUAAUACAACAUGAGAAUAUUCACUCUGGCAAGAAACCCUAUGAAUGUAAUGAAUGUGGAAAGGCUUUCAAUUCUGGUUCAAAUUUUAUACAACAUCAGAGAGUUCAUACUGGUGAGAAACCUUAUGAAUGCAAGGAUUGUGCAAAGGCCUUCAGUCGAAGCUCACAGCUGAUUGAACAUCAACGAAUUCAUACUGGUGAGAAACCCUAUCAAUGUAAGGACUGUGGCAAGGCCUUCAAUAGGAUCUCACAUCUUAAAGUACAUUAUAGAAUCCAUACUGGUGAAAAACCCUAUGCAUGCAGGGAAUGUGGGAAGACCUUUAGUCAUCGGUCUCAGUUGAUUCAACAUCAGACUGUUCAUACAGGCAAGAAACUCUAUGAAUGUAAGGAAUGCGGGAAGGCCUUUAAUCAAGGCUCAACUCUUAUUCGUCAUCAGAGAAUCCACACUGGUGAGAAACCCUAUGAAUGCAAGGCAUGUGGGAAGGCCUUUAGGGUGAGCUCACAACUUAAGCAACAUCAGAGAAUUCACACUGGAGAGAAACCCUACCAAUGUAGGGUAUGCGGUAGGGCUUUCAAACGGGUCUCACAUCUCACGGUACAUUAUAGAAUUCAUACGGGUGAGAAGCCUUAUGAAUGUAAGAAAUGUGGGAAGGCCUUCAGUCAUUGCUCACAACUGAUACAACAUCAGGUAAUUCAUACUGAGGAAAAGCCCUGUGAAUAUAAGGAAUGUGGGAGGACUAUACACCAUGAUUCAGCGAUGGCUCAACAUCAGAGAAUGCACAAUAGAGAAACACAAGUGAAUAUAAUAAAUGUAGAAAAGCCUUCCAUCAGCACCUACCCCUUACUAAUCAUCAGAGAAUUUAUGUUAGCAAGCAACCAUAUAAAUGGAAGCAGUGGGGAGAGCCCGUUAGCUUAGGCAUCACAGCUUAGCCCUUAAACUUUGGAGAAAGACUUGAAGAGUGUAAUACGGAUGAGAAUGCCUUCAUUCAAGCCAUCCUUUAUCCUGAAUCAUAAGAUUUGUAAUGAGGAACAAAUUUAUGGAUAUAAAUUGUUUACUCCAUGAUUAUCAAAAAAGCAAGGGAAGGUUGGAAAAAGUUUUGCCUCUAACACAUUCUGGAAUUACAUUUUCUUUCUUUUCUGUCUUUUUUUUUUUUUUUUUUUUCAAGAGAGAGUGAGUGGGAGAGGGGCAGAGGGAUUAAGAGAGAGAGAGUGAGAGAAUCUUAAGCAGGCUCCAUGCCCAAUGCAGAGCCUCUUGCGGGGCUUGAUCUCACAGCUGUGAGAUCACGACCCAGGCUAAAAUCAAGAGUCAGACACUUAACUGACUGAGCCCCCAGGUACUCCCAGAACCACAUUUUCUAAACACACUGUAACAAAUUUAACAAUAGCCAAUUUUUUUUUUUUUUUUAACAUCAGCCAAAAGUUUUCAUUUGCUUGGAAAUCAAAAAGAAAAAAAAAAGCCAAAUUACUCUUGGGUUCCACUUCUUUUUUUUUUUAAGGUAGGCUUCACAUAGAAUGUGGGGCUCAAGCUCAUGACCCUGAGAUCGAGUCGUUGCUCUACUGACUGAGCCAGCCAGGUGCCCUGUUACUCUUGGGUUAAUAAGGAAAUAAUCAUGCAAAUGAUUAUGAAUGGUAAUGAAAAGAAUGACAAUUGAGAGAUUUAUAUUCUAGGAGUUGGAGGAUGUGGCUAAAGUUAGAAGAAUUUUUAUAGCCUUUAAAUGCAUGCAAAGUGUGAAAACCUGAACGAUUGUUCUCAAAUAUAUUAAACAUACUAUUUGAGAAGCCAGAAAAGAGAAUACCAAACACCCACGUGAAGAAAGAACAAAUUAAUAGGAAAAAAAUGAAAUUAGAAAGUGGUUAUCUUAAAGUAGUCUCAGUUUUAUUUCUUCCUGGCCCAGGAAUAAACUACACUUAGGAUAAUUUUUCUCAAUUCCCAUGUUUUAGAUUAUCUUUCAUAACUUCUGUCGAACAGAGGGGUCAGUUGCCUACAUAGUGGCCAUACCCAGUUCCCUUUCCUAUUGGCAGCAUCUGUGUCUUGGUCUUAGACUCUGAAGCUAACAGAUGCAAACUUUUCAGCCUCUUUUGCAGCUCAGGGUGGCUCUUGUUCCGGGGUAAGGCCAGUAUGUUCCAGGGGUCUGUAGAGGCUUCUGGGAAAGAUUUUCCUUACUCAGAAGAGACCAGAACAUUAGGAAGACUCCCUCUCUUUUCAUCUGCUUUUAAACAUUUUCCCAUGAGAACAUAAUGCCUGGAGCUGUUGGCCAUGUUGGAACCAAGAGGAGAGAACAGAGGAGCUCAGAGAAGCUGACCCAGAGUCCUGACGACACUGAACUAUCAGGCCAAUUCUGGAACGUCUCUGAAGCCUUGUGUAAAAGAAACAACCAUUCACUGCUGAACUUACUUUAGUUGGGUAUUUUGUAAACUUGCGGCCAAAAGCGUCCUAAAUUACAUAACUUCAAAUUUUAUUUUAUUAUGAUGGGUAAAUGUGGCUGAAAGUACUUUUUUUGAAUUUGACAUUUCUCUUUGUGGCUAAUUCUGGGAUUGAUUUUUGUAUAUAUUCUGUAACGUUGCAAAAGAAUAUAUAUAUUCUACUUUUCUUAGGUACAAGAUUCUGUGUAAGCCAGUGGAUUAUAAUGAUAAAACUCUACAUGUUCUUAUAUAAUUUGUAUACUGGAUCAGAAUUUUCCAAAAUUGAAAUUUUUAAACCAAGAUCUUGAAUUUCCAAAGAGUUUUACUUUUUAAUUUAUGUUGCUUGACCUAUAAAAACAUACAACUUAACCCCUAUUUAUGAAUCCUACCUUUUAUCAUUAUAUAAUAUCCUAACUCUGCCAAGUGUAGUGGUUGACAAACCAGAUCUGGCCCACUACCUGUUUUAUAAAUAAAGCUUUAUUGGAACACA